AUGGCGCCCCUCUACGCGCAGGCGAUCCACGACUUCGACCCCUCCCUCCUCGCCUCCACCUCCACCUCCAACACCAACCUCUACCUCCACUUCUCCGCCGGCGAGCUCAUCCGCGUCCACGUCAGAGACCCCACAGGAUGGUGGGACGGCGAAAUCACAGCAAAGCCCGCAGACCAUCGAGGCGUGCGGAGGGGGUGGUUCCCCAGCAACUACAUCAGGGACAUAGACCCAGACCGCUCCCACCACAGAGCAGACUCGGGCGCCUCCAGCAGGCCCCAGAGCCCCCACACCGUCAACGACCAGCACCCGUCCCACGCCCACUCGCGCCAUGCAUCCGUGGCCUCGCAGCUCUCCCAGGCCUCCACCACCGGCUCCUCCAUAUCCCAGAUCCUCGCCUCGCCGCACCACGACAUUGCGCCCCUCCCAGAAACUUUCCAGCUCCUGAUUCAGCCGAUCGUCCAGGCGCUAUCACUGCUCGAUACCGCCAUUCAUAGCAAUCAUAAAUCACAUAUUCAGCCUUCCACGGCAUGUGUCAUAUCCUCCAUCCGCGCAGCUCUGGCCCAGACAGACUGCCUGAGCAAAGAAUCAAAGACCCUCGUCGCAUGGCCAGUCCUCGCAAAAGAACGCAAAGUCGUCCUCGUAGAACUGUCCAAGCUCGUCGGAUGCGCUCGUGCGGCAAGCGGGAUGAAUGAAACGGGCGCCCAAGUCAUCAGGGACCCCGAAGAAGAUAUCCAAAAGUUGGAGGACCUUGCGAAGGCCGCCCGGGGCGUCUUUGCUAGUGUCCGCCGGUUUCUGCAUCUCGCCAACCAGUGUGCCGUGGAGCCCACGUUAGGAGGCGGGAGCGGGAUCCCAAUGUCUGUCACCAGCUCUGCGGCGAGCGAGAUUGCGAGCGUCUCGGCGCAGGUCACUGCCCCAGCCCAACCUCGACCUCCACCAGGGAGCAAUGCGCGGCUGCAAGAAGCGUUUCAACGCAGAGUCGCCAGUGUUGGUGACCUGCGUGCCGCCAAGCAGCGCUCUUCCAGCCCGCCCCCCAUGCCAUCUCCCACCUCUACCACCAGUGCCCAGUACCGCCCAGGCCAUAUCAGGCAGUCCUCCAAAGUCACAACGCCCAUCUCGGCAGCAUUCUCGUUAUCCUCCGAAACAUCGUCCCCUAUCUCCGCGCGCUCUUUCCAUGAGCGGAGGAUGCAGGGAAGUAUGGAUAGCGUGUUUAGCCAUAGUUCUCUGGCGACAUCAGAAGAGCCCACUUCCCCAUGGGAGGAUCGGACGCCCGUCCCCAUGCCCUUUAUUCAACCCACGACUUCCCGGGCGCUCACCUCCCCCGCCGAUGUACAUAGGGCUGUGACCCAAACAGAGGAUGCCCUAUUAUCGAUCAUAGCGGCGUUCAUAGGCCAUAUUCACUCACACAGUAUCAAUUCGCACCCGUCCAGUCACUCUAAUCUCAUCGAGAUGACUCGCGAAACGAUAGACACCGUCCGCGAUCUUUUGACUAUUGUUGAAACAGUCGGUCGACAUACCUUCAUUCGAGCGAAACGGCCAAAAGAUAUCGAGUCGUUGAGAAUUGCCAAGGAUGCGCUCUACGAGGUAGCAGGGAAGCUCGUCGAAAGCGCUGAAAUCGUCGCCGAUGUCGUGGGUGAAUGUGGUGAAGAAGGGUACGACAAGGAAAAGACUAUGCUCCUCCGAGCGGCUACUGGAACAUUGCGCGCAGGGACAGAAUGUGUCCGGCUGGUGAGGGUAGUGGUCCCCGAAAAUGAGGCUGUCAACUUUGCCGUAGGAAAUGCGACGUUGAAAUCGCAUCACCCUGGUGGGACGACCAGCCAGCUUACGCCGAGACCGAGUGAUGAAUCACCGCUCGUCUCACGAGAUAAACCUGUCGGAGCGAGGGGUGUACAUACGCUCUCGAGCCUGCAUCGCAAAGCCACGAGCUUGGACCACCUGCAGCGAAAGUGGAAGGACGACAUGAUGGUGCAGUCGGCGCUACAAGAAGGAGACUCGGAAACGAGCGAUGAGGGACACGGAGAGGAAGAGGAGGAGGUUAUUGAUGAAAAGGAGGAGGAUAUGACUAUGCGUCCUGUGGCGUUCCCAGCAUCUCCUGAUGUGGCACCUCGCCGGCCAUCUCUCGAGGCGCUACGUGGUUAUUCCGAAACGGGGCGCCUGGGCCCUCGCAUUCGCUCUUCAAGUCUGAAUUCUCCCAUGACACCGCGCAUCCAGCACCGCUCUCCGUCUCGCUCUGCAGACCUCGAUAAAUUCACAAGCGACGAUGUCACUAUCGGCCCCGGACAGUACGGGAUUCGGGACCCUCGGAGUGUGCUGGCUGCUGGUGGAAGACUGUCGUCCUCCACUGACGCGAGCUCGUUGAGGACAAUGGAGAGUGAUCAGAGUUCAGUGACUUCCGCAGAGGGAGAUCAUGCGACGCCAGUAGCGCCCCGGCCUCGGGACAAGUCACCCAAGGGAGGGCUCAGAGUAGAGAUCCCUCCAAGUAGAGGCAUGAGUUCUUUGACGGCACUGUCGCUUUCAGACCACCCCACUGAAAUACCUCUUCCACCCUCAGCAGCCCUCAAACCACCCACUCCCACCCGGCCAAUCGCGCUUCGCACUCACACUGCACCCUUUCCAGCUCCCGUUGGCGACAUUGCCAUUCUUCUCAAAGCCCACGACUACAAGCCGUCCGACAUCGUGUUUAAUCCCGACGGGGUCAUGGUCGGCGCAAGCCUCGAGGUUUUGGUUGAAAAGUUGACGCCACACGACGGACUGGUGGACUCGACGUUCAGUGAUACCUUUUUCUACACUUUUAGGAUGUUCACUAUACCGCAGAAGCUUGUGGAGGCGCUGAGAAAUAGGUUCAUGCUGGAACCUCCCAACAUGGUUCAUCUCUCACAGAAAGACCAAAUGACAUGGCAUGAGCUCAAGCGCUUGCCCAUUCAGCUGCGAGUCUUCAACUUUCUCAAAUCUUGGAUCGAAGGCCAUUGGAGGAGUGAAGACGAUGAUGUGGUUUUGGGGGACCUGGAAGAGUUUGGGCAAGAGGAGAUGAGCAGCUCGCUGCCGGUCAUGGGGCCGCGAUUGGUGCAAAUGGCGAGGGCGAGAAUGGAGCCAAGAUCGGCUGUGUCGGCGAAAUUCCACCGGUCAAGCGCCUCACUUGGCACACCCACGUCUGCGCAGCUGCUUCAGCCUCCAGCUCCCCUGUCUGCCGCUCUCCCACCAACACCAGUUAUCUCCAAAAACCUUCAUGCCCUUCUUCGGAAAACAGGGUCCUCCACACGCAUAUCCAUCGCCGAAUUUGAUACUCUUGAACUCGCCCGUCAGUUGACAGUGACAGUUUCAAAGAUGUUUAGAGAUGUGAAGCCAGAGGAGAUGUUGAUCUCGGCGGGAGAAUCGAAAAAGAGGACAGUGAAGGAGCUCACGGCUCUGAGUACGCACUCGAAUCAGGUCACUGGAUGGGUCGCGGACAGUAUUUUGAAUGAAGGCGAUGCCAAAAAAAGGGCGGGGCUUUUGAAAUUCUUCAUCAAGCUGGCCGAUAAAUGCCUCAUGUUGAACAAUUUCUUCUCCAUGUUUGCUGUUCUUGCGGGACUCAAUAGUAGUACAAUUCUUCGACUCAAAAAGACUUGGGAUGCCCUUUCAGCCAAAUACCGCAUCAUCAUUGAGCGACUUCGAAGUAUCAUCGAACAUAGCAAGAAUCACGCGGCAUACCGUGCUCGAUUGAGAGAAGCGUCCCCACCUUGUUUACCCUUCCUUGGUUUGAUCUUGACAGAUAUCACUUUUACUUCCGAUGGCAACCCGAGUACUCGUGCAUCCAACACGGCCACCGAUGUACAGCUCAUCAAUUUUGACAAAUACGCCAAGCUAGGAAAGAUCGCCAUAGAGUUCAGGCGGUACCAAGAGCCAUACAACUUUCAUGAGGUUGAAGCCGUUCAAAUUUUCCUCAAUAACGUGCUCACUGAGCGGGGAAGUGGAUCGAUUGACGCGCUGUAUAGGAAAAGUCUGAUGCUUGAGCCGAGGCAAGGAUCGGAAAAGAUCCGACCUGGAGUCGAGAAACCAGCGUGGUUGACUGUCAAGAUCUAA